GAUAACAGAAGUAGAGGAUGUAACAUCUGCCACUAUUGGUAGCUUUCAUUUGUUCAACUCAUGUCUUCGGCGGGUGGUGGGAAGUUCGUAUGUGCAGUGACAGAAACUGAAAACAACUGAAGGUCAUUGAAGGACACUUAGGACAGCAUAAGACAGUGCGGCACGAAUGAGGGACUUCAGAAGCUGCGUUAGAAGACGAUGAUUGUAUGACGUGUGUCGCGUGAAUGUGAUUAUCUUGUUACGUCUUUCUGAAAGUUUACAAUAUUCGCCAUGUCUCAGGAAGUGGUGUCUGUGAAAACAGAACCGUUUGAUGGACAGAAACCAGGAACAAGUGGUCUGAGAAAAAAUGUUAGUGUUUUCCAACAAAAACAUUAUACUGAAAACUUUGUCCAAAGUAUCCUAAGUUGUAUUGGACCAAGAAUUAAAGAUUGUACAUUGGUUGUGGGCGGAGAUGGCCGUUUCUUCUGCAAACCAGCCGCAGAAACUAUUAUUCGUAUGUGUGCUGCCAAUGGGGUUGGAAAAGUUAUAGUUGGCAAAGAUGCAAUUUUCUCAACACCAGCUAUCUCUGUUGUAAUAAGGAAGUAUAAUCUUUUGGGUGGAAUAAUUUUAACUGCAAGUCACAAUCCUGGUGGGCCUAACGCAGAUUUUGGAAUUAAGUUUAAUACAUCAAAUGGUGGACCUGCUCCAGAUGAUGUAACAAAUUCAAUUUUUGAGUUUAGUAAAUCUAUAUCAGAAUACUUCAUUGUACCAGGAUUGUCAGUUGAUAUAUCUACUGUUGGUGUUCAGAAUUUUGAUGUUUCGGGAAGGAAAUUUGUUGUGGAAGUUGUGGAUCCUGUUACUGAUUAUGUUGCAUUAAUGAAGGAAUUGUUUGAUUUUGAUGCUUUGAAAGAUCUUAUUAAAGGAAAUGGUGAAAAAUCAGGAUUUAAAAUAUUAAUAGAUUCAUUAAGUGGAGUAACCGGGCCGUACGUUCAAAGAAUUUUUGUUGAUUUGCUUGGAGCCUCACCUGAUAAUGUGAGAAAUGUUAUUCCUCUUGAAGACUUUGGAGGUAAACAUCCGGAUCCCAAUUUGACGUAUGCUGCAGAUUUAGUGAAUGCUAUGAAAGAGGGUGAUUACAAUUUAGGUGCAGCAUUUGAUGGAGAUGGUGAUAGAAACAUGAUCUUGGGUAGUAAGGGAUUCUUUGUUAAUCCAUCUGAUUCCCUUGCUGUUUUGGCAGAUAAUUUAGAAUGCAUUCCCUCUUAUAAGAACAAAGUGACAGGUUAUGCCCGCAGUAUGCCUACAAGUGCUGCUCUAGACAGAGUUGGUGAAUCAAGGAAAAUAAAAGUUUAUGAAACUCCCACAGGAUGGAAGUAUUUCGGAAAUCUAAUGGAUGCCGAAAAAAUUACAAUUUGUGGUGAAGAAAGUUUUGGUACUGGGUCCAAUCACAUCAGAGAAAAAGAUGGCAUUUGGGCUGUUUUGGCAUGGCUCUCAGUUGUGAGUUCACAUCAGUCAUCACUGGAAGAUAUUUUUAAAAAACAUUGGGAAAAAUAUGGAAGAAAUUACUUUACUCGGUGAGGAAAUAGAUCAAGUUUAGCAAAGAGUGAUAAAAGAAUCAAGAUCCUACCCUCUCUUCCAAAGAUCAAUCCUUUUUUAUUGUUUUGGGAAGGAAAGUCAUAUUUAGCAAGACUGUUUAUAUCCUUGUAUCUAGAUAAUGUUGAGUUACUGUUUUGAAGAAUCGUUGUGUUAUUGGAUUUGUAAUUCAUAGCCUAAUAAAUUACAUAGGAGAUUAGUACUUAGGAAAGAAUGUGACCCAUGUCACAUAUGUUUCUUAAAUUUUUAAGGUAUGACUAUGAAAAUUGUGAUGCGGAUAAAUGCCGUCAAAUGCUGGAAGAAUUUGAAAGCAAGGUCCUAUCUUCUUCAUUUAUUGGGAAAAAAUAUCAAAGUUCCUCUGGUAAAACGUAUGUUGUUAAGUUAGCAGAUAACUUUAAUUACGCAGAUCCUGUUGAUGGAAGUAUUGCUUCAAAGCAGGGUUUUCGGAUUAUAUUUGAGGAUGGGUCACGUUAUGUUGUAAGAUUAAGUGGAACUGGAAGUUCUGGUGCGACAGUUCGUGUGUAUGUUGAGUCCUACGAAUCUUCACAAAUUCUGGAAGACCCUCAGGUGAUGCUAGGAUCUUUAGUUAAUAUUGCUUUGGAAACCCUAAGACUCAGAGAGUACACAGGUCGUGAAGAGCCUACAGUAAUAACAUGAACAUCUGUUAUUGCUAGUUUUCAUGUAUGGGGAAAUUGUGGGUAGUUAUUUUGUAGUAGAUUAUUCAAGUUCCUUGAGUAUUCUUAUAAUGAACUGUGCAAGGCAUUGUGAGUGUUUCAUUAUUGUGUAAACAAAAGGCCAGGAGAAAUUAUUGUUGUAGUUUGAGAGGAAUAGUUUAAAUAUUGUUUUUUAAUUGAACUGAAUCUGACAUAUGCUUUUAAAAAUUGUUGAAUAUUGUAUGUAAUUAGUUUUAUAUUGUUGUUGUUGUAAUGAACUUUUGAAAGAUUGAAAAUAUUGGAUUUCUUUGUUACACCCUACUUACUUUCUACAGGUAACCAAGUAGGAUUGGGCAUUGGUUGUUUCAUGCCCAGCCAUCAACUGCUCGAUAUCAGUAAUAUAUGGUAGGAAAUGGGCUAAAAACAAUAAGGAACUAGUGCUACAACAGCAUACACUUUCUCACAUUGUUUUCAAAAGAGAUCAAUGAAAAUAAGCAUCCCUUCUUCAAUCCAUGUAAAAAGUUUGAAGAAAGAAAUUGGAGUAUUUUUGACAAUUUUUGUUUAAUACAUUGCAUUAAUUUCAGGUACAAAUUACGCAAACACUUGUUUUUUCAAAAAAUUGUUUACUACCUUUUUAACACCCUUUGUCUCAGGCGACAAUCUUUAUCUU